CUUAGCCCAGACAUAUAUACUACAAGACGUGGUGUCCAGUGGUCCGAGGCAGCCUACAGAACACACAGGGCAAGGACACAGUCACGCAGCAGUUGCCAUGCUGCUCCUUCUUCUCUGUCUCUCCAUCAGCGUGACGCUGAGUGCGUCGUGUGAGAAGGGCUUUGUUCAGUAUGGUAGUUCCUGCUACAUCGUCCUCCCGGAGACCGGCACCUGGCUCACCGCAAUGGAGUACUGCAAGGCGUUCGGCAUGAGUCUGACCAUUGUCCAGAGUCCAGACGAGUACAAGUUCCUCAAGGACUACCUCUACACCCACAGAGGCACCUACACACAAGCUCCCGAUUUCUGGACAGCGGGCACCCGCCUGAUGUCGACUGAGUGGGCGUGGGCAGUGACGGGGGAAGAGAUUGAGACGUUCUUCUGGGGCCCGGGGGAACCGAGCAACUCCGGCAACACUGAACGCUGUCUGUCCUUCUAUGCAAGAGCAAAUUUCACUUGGGAUGACGAGCACUGCACUUUCCCGGGGUACCCUGUAUGUGAGAAACAACUUCAACUAAACCCUGGAAAGUGAAUUGUCUCUCUGUAGCUCACGAAAUAAAUCAGUUUACACAGAA